AUGGAGGACCCCACGCCCGUUGCGCCGGUGCCCCAGAAACGUCCACACGAGAACGACGACACUGAGCCUUCCAUCUCGACUCCAGUUAAACAGAUUCACUCAGAAGCCUCUUCACCCCUUUCAGUUCUUUCGGUCCAAACCCCGUCACCCCUCAAGAGCAGUGCUCCGAAUUCGAACGCCCCAGACAACAGCAAUGCUUCGGCCCCAACCACCUCCCAACCGGCCAAGAGACGGAAGCUUACCACACAAGAGAAAGAAGCUCAACGUCUAGAGAAGGAGGCUAAGGCUAAGGCACGAGAAGAGAGAAAAGCGCAAAAAGAGGCAGAGGAGAAGGUGAAGGCAGAGCAGAAGGCACAGAAGGAUGAAGAGAAGCGAAAGAAGAACGAAGAACGGGAUGAGAAGAAGCGUCUUAAAGAAGAGGAACAACAACGGAUAGAAGAAGAAAAGGCAAAGAAGGCACGGUCUCAAAUGAAGCUUAAUGCUUUCUUCGUGAAGCCAAAGGCGGGGACCAGCUCAGGACAGACCGUGGUAGCUUCAUCCCAGAACCUCACUGCUUCAUCUGUAUCUUUAACAAGCACAUCUGGAGUCGAUACUAAUUUGGCACCUCCAUCACCACAGAAGACCAUUGUUAAGAACGCACAGUCAGACUACGAGCGAUACUUCUUACCAUUCAACCUUCCUCCGCACACGAUCCUUGCGUCCACAAAUCCCCUGCUAGACGACCCGGAACGGUUGGAGACUGCCCGAACACGGCUAGAAAACAUUAUCACGCAGAAGAGUACUAGUACUGAGACCAUCACACGAGAGACAUUGUUAUCUUCUCUUCCAAGACGAGACCAGCUGACCCGCAAGACGGCAACCAUCACGGAAGUCAUCGAGCGUGUAAAUGGCUCAUCAGAUCAACCCAUUGGCCUGACUGCGGACAAAGGCCCGUUGGAGUUGCUCAAGGACAUUCCUAUGAAGUACAUUCACUUUUGCAAGGAUGUACGUCCGCCGUAUUACGGUACAUAUACCAGGCCAUACACUGAUAUGGAGGCUUCUCGGCUCGCACGAAAUCCUCUCGCCAGGGUUCGGCAGGACACAGACUACGAUUACGACUCUGAGGCGGAGUGGGAGGAGCCUGAGGAAGGAGAAGAUCUGGACUCCGACGGGGAGGAUGAUAACGAAGAUGAGGCGGAAGACGACAUGGACGGUUUCCUCGAUGAUGAGGAAGACCCACAACUCAAACGACGACUCAUUAGUGGUGAUUUGGUUCCCGUGAGCACCGGCUUGUGCUGGGAGGACGCAGACCGAGUGUCCAGGUUGAACGAUGGUUCCGAUGCCAUAUGUACCGACUUCAAGGAUUUCAGGAUGGGUUUCCUGUUGGACUCGCAAAUGAGCUCAAUUGACCCGUUCUCCACGGCAUACUGGGCUCCAGACCCUGCGACAGCUUCUGCUACUGCCAAUGCUACGAAGAAAGACGGCUCUGCCAAUAGCGCUAUGAACCCGCCUCGAGCGCCUCUGGUUCAACGCUCCAUGAACGGCUUGCUUAACACGUUGAAUGGUCCGCAGAAAUCCGCUGCAGCUACUCCGACUAAGCCUGCGAAAGCCAAACGACUGGUACCCACUGAGCAGCUGCCGGCUUUCAAGGCUGAGAUUGAAGGUAAAGAUUUGACCAAGAUUGGUAUGAUCGAGGCGCUGAAGAAGGCGUUUCCAAAGUUGCCCAAGGAUGCUAUCAGCAAUACCUUGAGCGUAGUCGCUGCAAGGGUAGGCCCCACCGAGAAGGAGAAGAGAUGGGUGCUUGUCAACACCUGA